UCGGCAAUAAUGGCACGGAGUGAUAGCCCACAAAAUGUGUAUUCAUACGAUUUAGACGAUGAGCAGUACAAAAACGUUAUGAAUGAGUGGAACUGCUACGAGCACCUGGUCUGGGUCAAUAUAGUCUACUAUUUGGCUUUACACAUUAUGGCUUUAUAUGGUUUCUACCUGUGCUUUACCGAUGCAUCAUGGUACACCGUACUAUUCGCUAUAUUUCUAUACAACGCGUCCAUAUUUGGUAUCACAGCUGGAGUACACCGCCUAUGGGCUCACCGGACAUACAAAGCUAACCUCCCGUUUCGUAUAAUUCUUAUUACAUUAGAAACAAUCGCUUAUCAAAACUCGGUUUACGAGUGGGUGCGCGACCACCGGGUUCACCACAAACACACCGAGUCAGAUGCUGACCCUGUUAACUCAAACCGGGGGCUAUUUUUCGCGCACUGCGGUUGGCUUAUGUGCCAAAAGCACCCGGAGGUCAGUCGGUUAGGCCACAAAAUUGACCUGUCCGAUUUGCUGACUGACCAAGUGGUUAUGUUUCAAAAGAGGCAUUAUGUUAAAUUAGUUAUUGCCCUAUGUGUUGUAAUGCCUACAAUAGUACCAUGGAGGGUUUGGAGUGAAAACAUGUGGACAGCCUUUUUCGUAUGUGUUACGUUCCGAUACGUAUGGGGUCUGAAUGCGGCCUGGCUGGUCAACUCGGCCGCACAUAGAUUUGGGUACCGACCUUACGAUGUGAAUAUUGAACCGGCAGAUAAUUUAGGUGUUUCCGUGUUUACGUUAGCUAUAUUUCUAUACAACGCGUCCAUAUUUGGCAUCACCGCUGGAGUGCACCGACUGUGGGCUCACCGGACAUACAAAGCUAACCUCCCGUUUCGUAUAAUUCUUAUUACAUUAGAAACAAUCGCUUAUCAAAACUCGGUUUACGAGUGGGUGCGCGACCACCGGGUGCACCACAAGUACACCGAGACUGACGCCGACCCCCUUAACUCAAACCGGGGCUUCUUUUUCGCGCACUGCGGUUGGCUUAUGUGCCAAAAGCACCCGGAGGUCAGUCGGUUAGGCCUCAAAAUUGAUCUGUCCGAUUUGCUUGCCGACCCAUUGGUUAUGUUUCAAAAACGAAAUUAUGGUGAAUUAGUUAUAGCCCUAUGCAUCGUAAUGCCUACGAUAGUACCAAAUUGGUUUUGGGGUGAGAGCGUGUGGACAGCCUUUUUCGUGUGCGUAAUGUUCCGUUACGUAUGGGCCCUGAAUGGGAGCUGGCUGGUCAACUCGGCCGCACAUAAAUUUGGUUAUAAGCCAUACGAUGUGAAUAUCGCACCGGCAAAUAACGUUGGUGUAUCCGUGUUUACUUUAGGUUAG